AAAUUAGACGGUCAACAGUGUUGACCGUUAGUGAAUCAGCAUGCUUCUCUGACGUGGAUGCCACAUAGAUAUUAAAAUUAAUAAAAUAUCAAAUAAAUAAAUAAAAUAUCAAAUAAUUUAUCUUUUAGUUUCAUAAUUAUUGAAAAUAAACAAAUAUACUUAUAAAAUAUGUGGCCAUCCAACCCCACGCUGCCGCCGCAACCCUCAUAUGUUUUCCCUGCCUCAUCCUUCAAUUGUCUCCAUCUCCCCGAGGCUUCGCUCCGAUUCUAUCCCUUGUUCUCGUUGUCCCAUCCAUCAAGGUCGAUUCAGAGGAAAUCAUCAUCUGAUUGAGGAGCAUCGCUACGGUGGUGCGAAGACAGAGGAGAAGGAAGAUGUGGCGGCGUUCUGCACUCCAUCUUUCUCUCCCGAGUUCAGAUCUUUGUCCACCCUGUUAGUGAAUGCUAUAUUAUCCAAGAUUGAACCUCUCCCAACAACUUGAGUUAUUUUGACUAACUGGUUCUUGACAUGGUAUCAGAGCCUUAUGUGACCGAAAUGUCUUGCGUUCGAAUCCCAGUGACCCCAUUUGUGAAGCACAUGUAUUCUCGUGUUCAGGAUAUGUGCAAACGAAAUCCCUUAUGAGGUGUCUGGUUUCAUUUGAGGGGGUGUGUUAGUGAAUGUUAUAUUAUCCAAGAUUGAACCUCACCCAACAACUCGAGUUAUUAAGACUAACUGGUUCUUGACACACCCCUACCUUAUGUUUACCCUCCCUCUUCUCUAUUUCUAAUCCCCCAAUUCCUUCCCUUCCCCACUAAUUUCUCAAGACAAGAGGUAUGGGUUUUGGUCCGAUUUGGAAGCCAAAGUUUCGGUAUUUUUACUCUUUAUGGUGGCAGAAUACGAUUCUGAAUCUUGACUGGGAACUUUUUUCCUUUUGUAUUUGGUUGAUGCAGGUGACGGACUAGAAUGUUAGGUCGCCUCCCAAGUUAAAGGGGAGGACGAUGUCAUGGAAGUAGGCUAUUCAUUGAGUUUCAAAGUUGGCGGAGAGUUAGGUUGGAGAUGAGAGAGGGUGGUCGGAGAAGGAUGGAGAGGGAGAUCAGAAAGAACUUGGGGAGGUUAGGGGAGAUGGAAAUGGGGGUUUUGAACAGGGUGAAUUUGCAGGGAAGGGGAGGAUGAAUUAUUUUAUUAAAUUAUUAUUAUAUUAAUUUUUAUUGUGAACCUAGCAUCCACUUAAGAAAAGCAUGUUGAUUCACUAACGGUCAACAUCGUUGACCGUCUAAUUUGACGAAAAUUCAUGAGUUGGGCCAAAUUAGUCUAUAUUGUGUAUAGUUGAGGCCAGGAUGUCAAUUUUUGAAACUACGGGCCAAAGUUAAUUAUAUGGGUAUACUUCGGGCCAAAAUAAAGUAUUAACCCAAAUUUAUAUGCAUACAUUAUAAUCUUUUGCCCACUCCAAAAGGCUUUUGUCGACAAAUGAAAAUGGUCAAGCGCGCUAUAUUUCCAUUUCCAAAAAGAUUCCAACCAAAGUAACAAAUGGGGAAACUCCAUCCUCAUCCCAAGCUAACUCCAUCCACAUCACCAAUCAACGUCUAUACAAAACUCUCAUCUGAGUGGUGGAAUAAACAAAUCUAUUCCAAGACACAAUUUUAUCAGUUGGUUGAUUAUUAAAGACAUGCUUUCUACUAGGGAUAAAUUGAAGCAAUGGGGGAAGAGUACUGAUGAUCACAGCCUGUUGUGUGGAACAGAUCAGCAAACCAGGGACCGUAUCUUCUUCAACUGUCCAUACUCUUAUAUCGUGCUACAAGGUUGUCUUCUAAUGCUGCAGAUAGCCAGUCCUAAGUUUGUGGCGUUUGAAGCAUAUCUUCAGUGGGCAAUUCAUACAUUUGCAGGUAGAAAACCAAAAGUAGCAAAGGAAAAAUGGUAUCUUCUGAUGUUGAGCUUUCUGUAGAGGGAGAGAUGAGGAGAUUGUAUGGUGGGAAAGCAGUGCAGCAUGGUGCGAUAGUUAGAUGGGUUAUAAGGGUUAUAGAAGUUUAUCGUUUGGGUAAUGCUCGAUGGAAUGAAGUGUGUAAUCAGGUCUUUUUGUAACCUAGAGCUAGUUAGUCAAGUUUGCUUGAUAGUAUAGUUAGUCAGGUAUUAUAGUAGUAGUAGCUUUGAGUUGUAGAUCUGUAUAUAUGUAUAUAUGUAUAUACUUCUUGUAAGCCCACUACAAGGGUUUACCCUAAGCUUAAUACGAUUUUUUGAUUGCCCAUAAAAAAACAAAUCUAUGGUGGGACAAAUUCUCUCACUUUAUGAACCGGAUCGAUGUUUCAGCAAACCUAUUUUUCUCUUUAUAGAUAUUAAUAUAUCAGGGCGAGUUUUAUGUACACAGUACACUACAGGAACAUUACGGUAUGAAUACAUGAAUUAUUAUUCAUUAUUUUAAUAUAACAAUAUGGUUAAUGUUUGGCAUGAGUUAUAGAAUAUUAUAAAUUUAUAAUUUAAAC